UCCAUUCUGUUCGGGAGUAUUAUGGUCUGUCGGGAAUUCAGAGUGGCUGGGACUGGAGAAAAAUAUAUGCUCUGCUAACGUUAGCGUCCACCAAGCUAACGGUAGGUAGCACUGGAGUAAACAUGGAGCUGUCUGCCGUCGGGGAGAGGGUCUUCGCUGCCGAGUCUAUCAUCAAGCGGAGGAUAAGGAAGGGUCGGAUCGAAUACCUUGUGAAAUGGAAGGGCUGGUCUCCCAAAUACAGCACUUGGGAACCGGAGGAAAAUAUUUUGGACUCGCGCCUGUUUGCCGCUUUUGAGCAGAGGGAGCGUGAAAGGGAGCUCUAUGGGCCCAAAAAGAGAGGACCAAAGCCCAAGACAUUUCUGCUCAAGGCUCAGGCUAAAGUCAAAGCCAAGUCCUAUGAGUUCAGGAGUGAGGCAGUCCGAGGGAUGCACAUCACCUACCCAACUCCAGAGCCGGUUAUCACCCCCAGGGCCAGAGAGGGCCUGAGAGCCGUUGUUCCCACCAUCUUCCCACCCAGCACAGUCAACCGAGGAGAAAGCGUACGCAUCCGACCAGCAGAACUGAGCGCCCGUGAGCACCAGCAGCCUUCCCUCCAGCAGACCGGUCCAGAUGGACUCAUCCACGUACCCAAAAAAAGAGGCCCGAAGCCUAAGCCCCGCUUCAAGGACAGCAGCUGCGGCCCCGCCGUCUCUGAGCCACACAAGAGGAGAGCAGAGGAGGUGAGCCACAUCCCUCACAAACUGGCUAAGCUCCAGGGGGGUGGGGAGAUGAGGCUGGUCAAAGUGGCCCACAGACAUCCAGAGAACCACGGACACAGUCAUAAACACCACCAUCACCACCACCACCAUCAUCACCACACGCACAACCGGGGAAUCUCCGGCGGAAGCUCCUACAAGCAGUUCUACUCAGACCGCGGCCUGCACCCACACAGGACAGACAUGGACACACACAGGACUAAGGACAGCUCCAGCUACCUGGCUCCUCCACACUUCAAGCACCAGUCCAAAAUGAGCCAGAACCAGGGUCGCCCUGCCGAGCUCCCACAGAUGGAAAAGCCUUACUUCUUGGACAGGCCGUCCCCGACCAGGCUCGACCACGACUUGGAUGAAGUGACGUGGAGGCCCUCUCUGGGCAACGUGGAAAAGGUCCUUGUUACAGACGUCACCACCAACUUCCUGACGGUCACCAUCAAGGAGAGCAGCACCUCUAAAGGCUUCUUCAAAGACAAAAGAUGAUUGCUUGACUGAUUGUUUAUGCCGCGCUUUGCUUUCUCUGACUUGCAUCAGAAUCAUUCUGAGGUUUAUAGGACACAGUGUGAUUACUAGGCAAAGCAGUUUUUGUAUGUAAUGUAUAAAAGCAAAUUACAUAAUGUGCAUAUAUGUGUGUAUAUAUUAUAAAGUUGGACAUCUGUUUAAUGUAUUGACCAAAUCAAAUGAAGUCCAUUUCACACCCUGCAUUGGUUAAACAUGAAGUGAGUUGCAUGUUUCCUUUGCAGCAGCUGGCUACUUUCUGUACAGAGUUUACUAUUUUGCAACUGUAACUAACUAGAAUGUAUUUUUUCACUCAUAUCUUCCAGCCUAAGCUCAUGCUAGCAAAUUAUGAGAAGCGAGGUGAGGCUUAGAUAAUAAAUUAAGUCCACAGAUUGAAUAUUUCUCUAUAAUUUGAACCAAUUAGACUGAAUAUACCCUGUCGAAUUCAGCAGGGUUAAUAUUUAAAAAUGUACUCAAGCACUUUGAAUUCAAAAGUAUUAAGAAAUAAUCCGUUUGUGUUGUGUUCAAAGACCGAGCCUGUCUCGGGAGUUUGUAAUGUCUCUAACAUUUCUAAUUGUAAGAUAAAUGAAUAAAUUCAACACGGACACACUUAUGUUCAUAUAACGUUUUGCCAUUAACAUAGUAUAUUUUACAUUUUCAUAGAAAACGUUCAUGAAGCUUUAAUGUAAUAAUUACAGAGUUGGUGUCAAAUUGCUUUAUAGACGCUUUUCAAUAAAUCCUUUGAAUUUUCUCA